ACCACAGCUCUCCACAAAAAUAGAGAACUACUCAAAGCUUUCAGAACUUUAGUAUUUCUCCUCUUCAUCGUUUGCUCAUCUUAAAUAAAAAAUCAUGGCCAUCCGUGUUCCUCGUAUAAUCAAGAAGUCCUCAACAGAUGUUCCAAAGGGCCAUUUUGCUGUUUAUGUUGGGGAGAAGCAAAAGAAGAGAUUUGUAAUCCCCGUAUCAUUCUUGAGUCAACCGGCAUUUCAAGACUUGCUAUGUCAAGCAGAGGAAGAAUUUGGCUUCGAUCAUCCAAUGGGUGGUGUCACAAUUCCCUGCACAGAGGACAUCUUCAUUGGCAUCACUUCUCAGUUUAGGAUAUAAGAACAUAAUUGAGAAUCAUUUUUCUUUUUAUAGGUCUCAUAAUUUUUGUAUACAAAGCAGGAUAUCCAUUUUGUACAGUUGAUGAUUA